AUGGCCGAGUUUACGCCUUUUUGGGAGCAGCCCAGCCACCCGGGCUUGAUUCAAGUCGUCAAGGGCAAUCGUCCCUACACCUCGGCAGCCUACUCGCUCGUCUUGCUGCCGCCCGGCGCGCUCUUCGCACACAUCACCACCGCGACAACCGUAGCGCACACGACGUACACGUCGGUGGCGACGGGUAGUGAUUCGCGCAUCGAGCUCAACUCCGACCUCGUCUACUGCAACCACUCGUGCCAGCCGAGCCUGGUCUUCGACAUGGCGCGGCUCGAGGUCCGCGUCUCCGACGACCGGCCGCUUCGACCCGGCGACGCCCUCACCUUCUUCUACCCGAGCACCGAGUGGGACAUGGUCCAGCCCUUCCGAUGCGAGUGCGGCGCCGACGACGGCGUCUGCCUCGGCCGGGUCGCGGGCGCCAGUGUGGUCGAGCCCCAGCUCCUCAUGGCGCGUUGGUGGCUCAAUGAACAUGUGCGCGCUCUCGUCGCCGACAAGAUGCAGGCAGCAGGCCGCUUCACCGCUGCAGCUGCUGCGCCUGCGCGCAAGGCUGUUGGUGACCUGAAGGUCGUGGCCGCCGAGGGCCAGAUGGCGGCUGUGUAA